AUGUCUGCUGCCAGCUGUCUGCUAUCUGAAGAUCAGUUUCGGUGCUGCAUCUGUCUGGAUGUGUUCACUGAUCCAGUCAGCACACCAUGUGGACACAACUUCUGCAAAAACUGCAUCAAUGAACACUGGAACAGUAAUGACCAUUACCUGUGUCCACUGUGUAAAAAGGUUUUCUACACAAGACCUGAACUUCACAUCAACACUUUCAUCUCUGAGAUGGUUUCUCAGUUCAGACAGGAAGCUCAACAGAAAGCCAGCGGCAGCGGCGGCAGCAGCGGCAGCAGCGGCAGCAGCGGCAGCAGCAGCUCAGAGCAACAAGCUGCCAAACCAGGAGAAGUUUCCUGUGACGUCUGUACUGGAACCAAACUGAAGGCCCUGAAGUCCUGUCUGGUGUGUCUGACCUCCUACUGUGAGACUCACCUGGAGCCUCAUCUGACAGCUUUAGGUCUGAAAAGACAUCAGCUGAUGGACCCUAUGAAGAACCUGGAAGACAGGAUGUGUAAGAAGCACGAUAAACCUCUGGAGCUGUUCUGUAAGACCGACCAGACAUGUGUCUGUGUCCUCUGCUCUGUUUUAGACCACAAGACACAUGAGUUUGUUCCUCUGAAAGUAGAAUAUGAAGGAAAGAAGGCAGAGCUGGGGAAGACAAAGACUGAAAUUCAGGAGAUGAUCCAGAAGAGACGACUGAAGAUUCAAGAGAUCAAACACUCAAUUGACAUCAAUGAGGAAGCCAGAGAAGACAGAGAGAAAGCAGAAGGUUUUCAGCAGGCUGAAGACUUCAUCAAAGAGCUGGAACAGGAAAUGUCUGAGCUGAAGAAGAGACGCUCUGAGGUGGAGAAGCUCUCUCACUCUGAAGAUGACCUCCACCUCCUCCAAAACUUCCUGUCUCCGAAAGCUGCUCCACCCAAAGACUGGACAGAGGUCAGCGUCCGUCCAUCAUAUGAGGGGUCUGUGGUGAAAGCUGUGGCUCAGCUGGAGGAGACUCUCAGUAAACAGAUGAAGAAGCUGUUUGAGGCUGAGCUGAAGAGGGUCCAGCAGUAUGCAGUGGAUGUGAGUCUUGAUCCUGAUACAGCACAUCCUCAACUCAUCCUGUCUGAUGAUGGGAAACAAGUAUAUCAUGGUGGUGAGAAGAAGAAACUCCCAAACAACCCAGAGAGAUUUUCUGUAAAUCCCUGUGCGUUAGGAAAAGAGAGUUUGUCUUCUGGUAGAUUUUAUUUUGAGGUUCAGGUUAAAGAGAAGACUAGAUGGGAUUUAGGAGUGGUCAGAGAGUCGAUCAACAGGAAGGUACAAAUCAGAUUGAAACCUCAGGAUGGUUUCUGGGCUAUAAUUUUGAGAAAUGGAAAUGAGUAUGAAGCUGGUAAUAGCCCUCCAGUCGAUCUCUCUCUGAAGUCUCGUCCUCAGAAGGUGGGGGUGUUUGUGGAUUAUGAGGAGGGUCUGGUCUCCUUUUAUGAUGUAGAUGCUGCAGCUCUUAUCUACUCCUUUACUGACUGCUCCUUCACUGAGAAACUCUACCCAUACUUCAGUGCCUGUCUUAAUGAGGGUGGUAUAAACUCCGCCCCUCUGAUCAUCUGUCCUGUCAAUCAAACUGUCUGAGUCAAUACCAGGAUGCUGAUUGAUUAGAGACCAAAACUGAUCAAUUCUAAAUGAACAGAUUCAGUUAAUUAUGGUAACAAAUGUAUAUUCAGCAGUAAUGU